AACUUCGUUAAAACAUGAAACAAGUGCCCCAAUAAAUGGGAGAUUACGGGCCUUUGUUCAUCCAUUGGUUCGUGCACACUGUACUGUGACACAUACACAACUUCUUGAUAAGCUUGCAAUUGAAGGUCAAUUCGAUCCUGCACUUUCUCUCACCGCAUAAGCAAGAAAUAAUCUGGGGUUUCUUUUCAAUUUCUGGGAUUUUUUGAAAGUGACUUUUUUUUAAUUGAAUCUUGAUGGUUUUUUGAAGAUAAAUAUGGAGGCAGAGUUCAUAAGUAGACAUCACAAGCACCAGCCUAAAGGGAACCAGUGUUCUUCUUCUGUUGUCAAGCACAUCAAAGCCCCUGUAGAUAUUGUUUGGUCUUUGGUGAGGGGAUUUGAUCAACCACAGAAGUACAAGCCCUUUAUCAGCAGGUGCUACACUCAGGGUGAUCUGAAGAUUGGAAGUGUUCGAGAAGUGAACGUCAAGUCAGGACUUCCUGCCACGACCAGCACUGAGAGGUUGGAAAUGCUCGAUGACAACGAGCACAUACUUGGGAUCAAAAUUGUUGGUGGUGAUCACAGGCUAAAGAAUUACUCUUCAAUAAUUACUGUUCAUCCCGAGAUAAUUGAUGGGAAACCCGGAACUUUAGUCAUUGAAUCUUUUGUGGUUGAUGUGCCUGAAGGAAACACUCAAGAAGAGACAUGCUACUUUGUGAAUGCACUGAUCAACUGCAACCUCAAGUCUUUGGCUGACGUUUCACAGCGAAUGGCAAUGCAGGAUUCAAUUAAACCCAUCAACCGAUUCUGAAUUUGCAUCAACCGCAAACUCCUUUAAACGUAAAUGGUAUGUCUUCACUUUGUAUUAUAUACUAGCUUCUUAUCAUAUGGAGGGUGAGAAUGUGUAUUGAUAUCCAUAACUAGUUAUGUGAUAAAGAAAAGUGCUGGAUUUCACUGCUUGGUUUCUUCGAGUGUGUGGGCGCCAAAUCUUGUUUGAGAGAAUUGUUACAAACCCCUGUAUAUUUUCCCAUGGUGGUGUUGCUUAUAUAUAUUAUCAUAUUUCUAUACA